ACUAUGGUUUUCCUUUCAAUGCUCAAGAUAGUUCUGAUUUUGAUAUUUGCUGGUUGGGUUUCCAUUUGGGUUCUAAAACCAACUGAUAUCUGGACAAAGAAAUGGAAGGAAGCAGAGGAAAAGGCAUCGUCUUCCAUAUUCGGCUAUAAUGGUCUCGAUUUUGCUGUAUACACCUUUCCUGUGAUUGCCUUGGCUAUAAUCGGCUUCAUAUACUUGGACCUUAAAUCAAGAAAACCAAGAACCAGGCAAAGAUCAAGAAAUGUAUUCACCUCUCUCUCUAGCCCACUAGUUGUGAAUCAGCUUAUUGGCAUUUUGUCUGGAGCACAGAUUCUUGCUUCGUCCUUUUCGUGGCCCUGCUCGUUUGGACCUUUUAUAUGGCAAUACAAGCUGUUGAGGAUCGCUACAAGGUGUGGCUUGUUAUCAGAAGCUUGUCUAGCUCUGCUUCUUUUGCCCGUCUUAAGAGGAUUGUCCGUUUUAAGAUUACUUAGGAUCCAAUUUGAAGCUUCAGUAAGAUACCACAUUUGGCUCGCAAACGCAAUGAUAUUUUUCGCCACUCUACAUGGUGCAGGCACGUUCUUUAUCUGGGGACUAAAACGUCAAAUUUACAAUGAGAUGUGGAGAUGGCAGAAAAAGGGUCGAAUAUACCUUGUAGGGGAAAUGGCUCUUAUUACAGCACUAAUCAUUUGGCUCACGGCCUUACCACAGAUUAGGAGAAGAUGCUUUCGACUCUUUUACUACACGCACCAUCUUUACAUAGUCUUCCUGCUCCUCCGAAUUCUGCAGUCAAGGCCAAAAACAUGCAUUCUAUCAGCUCGUGUUUUCCCAUGCGGAGCCGUUGAGCUGAGGUUGCCAAAGGAUCCAAAUUUGAAAUACAGACCAACAAGUUUGAUCUUCUUGAAGAUACCAAGCAUUUCCAAGCUUCAAUGGCAUCCAUUCAGCAUAACCUCAAGCUCAAGCACAGAUCAUAACACAAUCACGGUCAUCGUAAAGAGUGGAGGCCAAUGGACCAACUCACUCCAUGACCAAAUUACUGGUGAUGAUCAAGAUUCAGAAGCAGAUCAAAGGAUGCGUAUUUCAGUUGCAAUUGGAGGUCCAUACGGGCCUGAUUCAUUUGAAUUUCUAAGGCAUGACAAUCUACUCAUGGUUGCUGGAGGCAUUGGGAUAACACCAUUUCUGAGCAUCAUGAAGGAAAUAAGUUUCAACUUGAGCAAAAAUGAGUAUCCAAAUAAACUACAGCUCAUAUACACCACAAAGAAAUCCCAAGACAUCUGCCUACUAGAACCAAUUCUUCCUCAGCUUCUAAACGUUGAAAAAUACCACACAAAUCUCAAAAUGUACGUAACUCGCGAGAACCGACUUUUCACGACGCAAAGAGAAGUGCUCGAUGACACCCGUCCAACUCGAACGAUAAAUUUUAGUACUGCAAAGUUUAGUUACGCAACGAAUGGACCCGAAAGAUUAGUAUUCAUGGCAAUGAUCACAAUGGUUUGCUCAAUCAUAUUUGUCAUCUCGCUGGUUUUCUUCAACCGUUUUGUCAUUCGACCGGACAAGAAAACCUCGGGGCAAAAGAGCACGUCUUCACAAGUUGAUCUCCUUCUCAUGUGUUCUUAUGCUAUAGCUAUGGCAAUCGGCACUUUCUUGGCUGUUAUGAUUAGGUGGAAAAAGGUAAAGAAGGAGCUUCAAUUUUUUUACGAUACACAAAGGAAUCACGAGAAAAUGGGCUCCACUGACGGCAGUGGAGAUCUUGACAAACAUGAAAUUCAUUUUGGAGGGAGACCAAACUUUCACGGUUAGUUUCUACUAUUUAUAUAACUUUUGGUCAUAAUAAUGAGAACCACCCUGAUACCUAGCAUAAUCACACAGAACUGUAGUUACAAAUACCUAAUUACAGAUUUUAUAAAUCCAGACUUGAUAGAAGGAUUUUCAAAAAAUAAGCUAAAAGUCAGGGGUGCUUUUGUAAAUAAUCAAAAAAUAUCAGCAGAGACUAUUCUAAACAGAUAUAUUGUCUGAUUUCACAAGUGAAUGUGGGGGAUCCGAUAUAGGAGUGCUCGUCUGUGGGACCGAAUCAAUGAAAGAUCUCUGGCUACAGCCUGCAGCCAAGGUCUGCUUUCAAAAAGGAAUGCCAAGGGAAAUAGAUCAAACUUCAAUUUUCACUCUCUAAAUUUCACACUUUAGUACAAUAAGCAAAGCUUCUGCUCAGAUAUCUAUGUCACACGAGCUACAUUUCCCAUGAAGUGAAGAAAUGCCACUCUCCACCUUUUGAGCAUCAGAUAAAUGAAAGGGACAAUUUCAAGAAUCACUAGAUUCUCCUACAGCAACCAAAAAAUUUGAUGAGGAAACCAAAUCAGGCGCUUUGUUAUUAGAAAGAACCCAAAUUUUUCACAUUACACUAUAGCAAGACUCAUAAUACAAACAAAAAAUGGUAAAAUUCCCACAACAAAGACUGGUCGUAUACAUCUAUAAUCCAAACAAACCAGAACUACAAACUCAUAUCCAGAAGAAACAAACUGNUAAUAAUAAUCAUAAUAAAGAAAUAAA